UUGCAGCCUUCCCCAGCCCACUGAUCCUAAUAUGGAAUGCGGCAGGAAACCCAUGAUUUCCUGACACUCUGCAAGCUGGAGGAAGCAAGGGGAAAACUCCAUUAAAAAGCCCAGCUUUCCUCCAUGUUAGAGGUGAAGUGGGAAAUGGGGAAGAUUUAGCAAAAUCCCUCCGUCUCCAGCCAGCCUGGGGAUGGGGAGUGUAGCGUGAAGCCCUCCAACUACUGAAAUUUCUACACUGCCCGGAUGCCUCCAGAAUGCUGUGGCAAUGAGGGUUUCCUAGCUCAAACUAAUAGGGGACAGGGACUGACCCUUCUCAUCAUGCCCCCAAGUGUGUGUCACCUUUCUCUGCCAACAUGGUAAGCAGCAGAGCCUGUGCCAGCCUGGGACUUGCCUAAGGUAGCCGAAGGAAGGAAGGCAGAGUGAACUCCAGCCUGCUGCUCACUUCCCACAGUCACGGCAUCUGGAGCCGCAAGAAUGAACUGCAAAGAGGUAAAUGACAGCAGCUGCAGCUGUGGUGGCCAGGACAGCAACGAGAAGAAGAUGCUGAAGUGUGUGGUGGUUGGGGACGGCGCCGUGGGGAAAACCUGCCUGCUGAUGAGCUACGCCAACGACGCCUUCCCGGAGGAGUAUGUGCCCACUGUGUUUGACCACUAUGCAGUUACCGUGACGGUGGGAGGCAAGCAACACUUGCUCGGACUAUAUGACACAGCAGGACAGGAGGACUACAACCAGCUGAGGCCACUGUCCUACCCCAACACCGAUGUGUUUUUGAUCUGCUUCUCCGUCGUAAAUCCUGCCUCUUACCACAACGUCCAGGAAGAAUGGGUCCCAGAGCUGAAGGACUGCAUGCCUCAUGUGCCUUAUGUCCUCAUAGGGACGCAGAUUGAUCUCCGCGAUGACCCCAAAACGUUGGCCCGUCUGCUGUAUAUGAAAGAGAAACCUCUCACUUACGAGCAUGGCGUGAAGCUUGCAAAAGCGGAAAAUCUGUGCCAGAAUGUUUUAGUCAUAGUAUGUGGAUUCCAAGAGGAUAUACAUGGACAGUAGAAGCUGACAACAGCCUGAAAGCCUAGAACUUCACCACUGUGACGAGAAAGCCCAGUUUUCUAUGCUGUGAACGUAGAAAAAUCCUUCCCAUGAGCAGCACAGGAAGCCAAGGAAGCACAGCCUAUUUGUACAUUUCACAGAAAAAGAACUUGCAAACUAACAGGAUUAAAUUUCUGUUUCAAGAGCAUAAUUCUGCAUCACAAGCUAGGAUGGCUUCAGCCAUCCACAUCCUUUACUGUAUACGGAGACAGCUUGCUCUCAGUGAGUAAAUGUUCUUUCAAAUUAAUUUUUACCUGUACCCACAGUUUGGAGAUAUUCACACUUAUUCUUUGUUUGUAAUACUAAUUUCAACGUUACCAAAAUUACCUUUUUCAUCUUAGUAAUGUUGAUAUUCUUGUUAAAAUAAGACUUUUUUUGGCUUCUAGAGAUAAAAGAUUGUUAUCUUCUGUUUGUUAGAGGUGUUUGGUUGUUUUUGUUUUGUUUGCUUGUUGUUUUGUUUGGCUUUGCUUUGUUUUUGUGGGGAGGUGACUGUGCUCUGCAUGAAUUUCCAAAAGCAUUGAUUGGCUCACAGUCAAGGUCAAAGUAUAUAAUAACACUCUGUGUGUCAGGAAGCCUUUUUUUUAAACUCAGUUAUUCCAUAUGCUACAGAAAUUGUACAGCUGGAGAAACAUAGGGUCAGACAGAAAGCCAACAAGCUUGGGAAAAGUUCACUUUACUUCCAAUAAUGAAGACCUUGAGAGGAGAACAGAAUAAUCCCUCUAAAUUCCUUCAUGCUGGAGACAAGUCUCUGCCUCCUGUUGCCAACUACAGAGCUUCACACCUGCUCCCCUUGUGUGCCCAUCUUCCCUGUUUCUUGUUCCUGUCAUCAGCUUUCCCCUUGCACAGGGUGUUAGCAUCUCCUGCAGACCCACCAGGAUCAUCGGCAGGACACUCAGCCCGCCUGCUGCCCUGCACACAGUUUCAGACAAUUUCACUUAUUAAGCCAAAGAGAGAUUUUUGUAAAAUAAAUGGCAGAAGACUCAUCUUGCAAAUAAAAACCACAAUUCUUAUAGUCCAGUAGACUAUUUCACAAGUAGAAAAAUCUCUCUGUCUCUCUGUCUCUCUCUGUCUCUGUCUCUCUGUCUGUCUGUAUCUCUCUUUCUCUCUCUCUUUGUCUCUCUCUCUGUCUCUCUCUCUCUCUCUGUCUGUCUCUCUCUCUCUGUCUGUCUCUCUCUCUCUCUCUCUCUCUCUCUCUCUCUCUCUCUCUCUCUCUCUCUCAAAUGGAGGCUGAACCCAGGGUCUUGGCACUGAGCUACAAUGCCAAGCUUUUUUUAAAAUUAUUCAUGAGGUGGGUUCAUGAACACAAUAUAGGAAUCCAAGCAGCCAAACUGAUAAAUUUUGAAUUUAACUAGCUGAGCUCAGAACCACUUGUAUACAGACUCCCCUCACACCAGUUUAGGGUUCAAACAAGAGGCCCCGAACUGGAAAGUUGCAGAGUUUUUAAAGGAGAGAAUCACAAAAGACAUCCUGUUGGAAACAAUUUAGCUAGAAUCUUUCAUUAAUUUUUAGCUGACAUCUAUAUCCUGCUUCUUUUGUUGAGCAGGUUAACUUUUCUCCUGUAGGUACAGCUCAUUCUGUAACCAUUUGCCCCAAGCUUGAAGGAGCCAUCCAACAGCACAUUGGUACCAGGCACUGCCACCCAUAAGAUGGUGAUAAAUUCUGACAAUGGUACUCUAUGGACAAAUCCUUCCUUCCCAGUCUUCUGUUCUGCAGCUCUCCUCCUCUCUUCCCCCUCUAACUCGCCCAAGAUCCAUUGUCAAGUUUGUUCUCCCAGUUUCUCCUGGUUUGCAUCCCUAGGUCCUAGAGGUCCUGUAGUGAAGAGUCUCUUUCCUUCCUCUAGAGGGAAUGUCUUUCCCCAAGUGGAUGAUUCUGAGACUUGCCUCUAAUUACUCACCUGAAAUACAGAGGUGGUGGGCAGUAUUGGAGAAGGAUAAACAUUAUCACGUAAAACAACCUCAUUGGAUGGCACUCUGCAAGGUCUCCAAGCAAGGGGAGUCUGCUCUCCUAUAGCGAAGAGGAACAGGAAGCCCCUUCUGCAGGGAAUCUUGAGUACAUCUAGUACAUCUCCGCCUAGUGCAUCAAGUACUUGUCCCCUUGACCCACACUAGGUCUCUGUGUCCCCUUCCUUCCCUGUUAGGAGAACUUAAAUGUGGGAUAUUUUUCCAGUAGUAGAGUCAGUGUUUUUAUAAUUGAGUUGUUCUCCCAAUGAGGUAUCAGGCCUGAUUUUCAGCAGUCUCUACCUUCCAGAUGCAUUAAAAAAAUAAUCUCUCUUCCAAUGCUGGUUUUCAAGCCAUUCCCUGAGGGCUUUGAUUGUACUUAACCAACUGAUCCCACAGUCCUUAUCAUUAUGGUUCUCCUCCUGCCUCCCAAAUGCUAUCCAUUGGGAAGUGCACACCUAUCCACAUGCAUCACUCCAGUGCACCUUGGAAAGUCUUGGUGAUACGGGGCAUGCCUCGUUGCCCUCACAGCCAACAUUACUGCUGACUGAGAGCCUCCUGAGAGCUCUGCUGGAUUUUAUCCAUUUGCCCCUUUUGAUCUAGUCUCCGUCUUUCUUCAAUCUGCUGCCCAGAAACCAACAUUUACAGACCAAAUCAAUGGACUCCCUCACUCUUGGGCUUCCAUGUGACUCCCAUUUGACCUAACAGAGGACCUGGAGGGAGGAGGAAAGUGGGGUAUCUAUUCUCUCUUACCCUUUCUACACGAGUCAGCAUGGGUCUCUCCUUGUUCUCUUUCUUCAAGCCCUCUUCUUAGAGGGACUAGAGCCCACCCACCUAUGGCUUCCACACCAGAAGCAGUUAGUUCACCCCUCCUUCUCAGUCUCCUUAACUCUACCCACACAUUUACAAAUAGUCUCUUCAUAGACUCACCUAACUUGCUUCCUAAUGGAAACCAUCUUUCCUCAAACUCUGGCAAGCCCUUCCUGUCUCAGAAAAUCCAGGGCAGAUUUCCUAGGGAAGAGCAGCAGCACCCAGCCUCUCUCUCAUCAGCUCCCACCGUCCCAGCAGACACCACAGACACUCAGCUCCCCUUCAGGUUAGCGGUAUGUCCCUCCCUGCCAAUAGAUCUGCCAGGAGCUGGGUGAAUUUUGCUCAGUGCCCUUUGGCCCCACAUCCCAGCUGUUGAUCAUCAGUAACAACAUUUGCUCCACUGUUUUCCAGGGAACCCAUUGACUUCCCUUCAAGGAAGGCUCGUGGCUACCAGCCAUGAUGUGUCAUCUGUCGGUGUCCCUCACUAAAUAUGUUCUCCCCCUUCCAAAUUAAUGCUUAGGUAAAAACUGCCUUCCUGCUCCAUUUUAGUGUUCUUCCUAGCAUUGCACCAAAUGCAUUAAAGAUUACAAAGGUUUCUGAAAAUUUGCAUGAAUUCAAAAGACAGAGAACAUGAUUUAUUGGUAUUAACACAUAUUUCCCUGGAAUAUCAUGAAAAAUGAACAAGGUUAUAGCCAACCCCAAAAUCAAUGACACUUACAUAAAACUAGAGAUUUGUUUGUUUGUUUGUUUAAGUCACAGAAUCAGUUGCUACAAUAUAGGGAGAGGCAGGAGCCAAGAGCUAACAGUCACAGACUUUUUCCCUCUGACCCAGCAAUGCACUUUACCCUUUCAGAUAUGUUAAAUUUCUGAAAUUACCAUUGAAAUUUAAAAUAUACUAAAUAGAGAAGAAUAUUUGAAAUUGACCAUUUUGCAGUAUCUUUAUGAGAAUAUCACUCUGAGAGUAGGAUUUUUGUUUCAGAAAUUUUUAAGCCAAAUUGAUACCUUCUGGUUUUAUAUUUUUGUCUAUGCUUGUUUUAUUUGUUUUAUGACAAAGCAGCUUCUGUGUUGAGGAUCUUAAGGGAACUUGAGGAAUUUUUCUUCAGCGUGAACUAGCCAAAUCCAAACACCUCUUACUUUGAGACAGUGUCUCUAUCAAAUCCUUCUCCUUAGGAGGCUGAGCAGUCUCUAUUUCUUGUGAGGAUAAUAGCCCAGUUGAAAGAGAAAUGGAGAAUUUUCUCUAGGGACACUUGCAGUUAGUUGGGUUUCCUUUUAAGAAAGGAACACUGGUGUGCUUGCUGGCUUUGAUCAUUUCUAGCCCUUUAAUCAUAAAUCUAGGGGAUCAGUGGUUAACCGGAAUGUGAAAAUUUUCAGAUUUCAGCCCCAUUUCCUACACAGAGCCAGUGCAUUUGAAACGGUGGCACCUCAUCAUUUCCUGUCAACGGGCAUGAGGGACACAAUAUACAGAGGAUGGUCCAAGACUCAAGGCAAAGGAAAACGUGUGAGCAAGAGAAAUUAUGGUGGCAAAAGCACGAAUGUUGUUUUGCAGUUUUAGCAUGAGUGUGCUGCCUCUGGGCCUUGUGCCCCAGCUGGACAUAAGGGAGACAGGUGACAGCGGAAACAAGCUCCUUCCAUCCAGGGGUGUUGCUGCUUGUGCUGCUCGGGUCUGUGAAGCUCCUGGCCGCUAGCUGUGUGGGGCAGGCAAUGUCCAAUUCACAUGGUCUCGCACUCCGUGGUGGCCGUGGAGCAGGCCCCGCAGUCACAGCGUACAGCCACGGGAUAGGUAUAGAAGGGGUCGAUCCCAGGGGCACAUUUAGGCAGCUUGACUGUCACCUGUCUGGUCUCAUUGUAGGUGCAGACUCGAUGAUGUGCUUCAAUGUAGGGGGGCUCCAGAAUGGGUCUCUGUCCCCACAGGGAGAAAGCAGGGAAGCAUUAGAACCAGUUUCCUUUUCUCGGUCCCACUCAUCCUAUAAGAAAGUAACUUUGUUUUCAUCUGUUUACUUAGUGCUCUGUCUCCUCCCAGCAGAAAGCAAACUGCUGAAAGCAGGAAGCUGGUUUUGGUCAUCAGCCUGUCCUGAGCUCCUAGAUAAGUCCAGAGCACUGCUCACAGGAAGCGUUCAAUACACAUGCAGCAAAUGAACAGUGCUGACCAUCACACAUGCCUUCUAAAUGGUCUCCCCGCUCCACCAGCAGCCCCAUGUCUGUUUGCAGCACCCGGGGCCCUAAGGGAUCCUUUUAAAAUGAGCCAGAUUCACCUUUCCCUUUGCUCAAACCCCAGCGAUUUCCCCGCAUCACUCAGAGCAAAAGUUAAAGCUUUUGUGGCCUCCUUCAGACCCGACCUCAUUUUCAUGCACCUUUCAGAUUGAAACUUGUCAUUGUCCUGAUAAACCUGUGACCAUUCCCACCUUGUGACUUUCUUACCUGGCUCCAGCCGCUGGUGAUUUCUAUUCUUCCUCAAAUCACCCCUCUGAGGGUCUCCUCAGCUGUCCCCCUGCCUGGAGCAUUCUUGGCCCUACAACUCACAGCUCCACAGCUCCAGGUUUUUAUUCAAAGGUCGGCCUCUCAAGGAAGCAUUUCCUGACAUCCUCCUGAAAAUUCAACAUCUCACCUCCAGGCUCUAGAGCUCCCUCUCCUGUUUCCUGCUUCAUUUUUCUCCACACCAAGUGGCCUCUUAGCUAUUUUAUCUUGUUCUCUGACAAACAAUUCUCUACUUACUCUCCAGCUCUAGAGAGUAAGCCUAUUAUGACCAGGGUUCUAGCCUAUUUGGUCCCUGCAGGGUUCCCAUUCCCAGAGGGGUACCCAGAAGGUUCUCAAUAAGUAUCUGAUGAAUCAAUGAUAGAAAAUAGAGCCAGGAAGCUUCCCAAAUGCUCUAUGCAAUGUUCUGAUAUGGAAAGAUUCUCUUCCAUCCUUUACCUUGUAAAUCCUGAGUUCCAAGAUCAUUUUUAUAAAAUGAAGGACACAGAUCAGGGAAAAAUCAGCACAAGGUAGUGGUCAAAUACCCGGGGCCCUACAGUCAGACCUGUUUAGCUUGUGCAACUGUCAGAGACCUGGAAACCUUAACUCACUGACAUCCAGUUUCCUCAUCCACUAGAACACCAACCAAUGCCCGCACUCUUGCAUAAGGUAAAUGUUCAGUCAGUAUAAUCUACUGUCUUACUGGACCACAUAUUGGCAAGUAAUAAUGAAAAACUAAUCUUUCAAAGCAUAGUUCCUUCAGACAGAUGAUAAUUAUGAUGGAUGGAUGGAUAGAUAGAUAGACAGAGAGGCAGGCAGAGAGACAGAUGGGUGAGAGACAGAACCCAGAAGUUCUUGUAUAAAUGCUAUGAAAAUUAGCAACCUGGCCUUCCACAAGGGCCGUGAAGAACUUGACUCAGAGGAGCUGUUUGUCAUUUUUCUCCUCCCUGCCUCAGUUCACUUUGUGCUCUCACCUCAGUACCCUGAGAACCCAGGCAGACCAGACGUCCAGUUCAAUUUGUAUUUCAGAAUAAUUAACUUCUUGGAAUGAUACGUGGGACAGAUUCAUGCUUUUAAAGUAAACUCAGCCACUUCAUUGCCAUGAAAAUUCUUAUUUUCAGACACAGGCUACCAAAGAGCCAAGACUGCGUUCCUUAUCUCAGAAACUUUCUGGUUGCUGGGAAAAUGAAUCUCAGUCUUCCCAUCUUGUAUUCUUUACAUGGAUAAUUUCACUGUUCUUAACACAGUAAAGACUCAAAUAAAAGCUGGCUAAUAUUAGGGAAAAGCUGAUUCUCUCCUGGGCUUGGUCUUUCCAUUUCUACAGGGAUUGCUCAGUCCUUGACUUCCUGUGGGUGACCAGGGCCCAGUUAGAGACGUUAAUCAUGGAUUAAAGAAGAGAGGAUGGGCUGAGUGAGGGGAACCUGGAGUUUAAGAAGGUGGCGCCUGAUCCAAGACACUGCAGAAGGCACUGUCAGGCCAGACCCUGCAUAGGAGAAGACACCCGAGUUCAUCUGAUGUCAGUGGGCAGACAGUAUAUAGAGCAAAACUGAACUUUCAUUUGGUUAUUUUUAGGUCCAGGGACUGAACGUUGCAAAGUAACAAAAUAAUGAAAUAAUAAAAUAGCUAAUUUUGUGGAGUAGCAAAGCCGCCUUCUCCCAAGGCCCAGUGCUGCAGAGCUGGCUUCCACCGGGCUGCGGAUGUCACACAGAGUUCAGUCCCAUCCAGCUCAACGGGUGUGCACCGAACACUUUGUUCACCUGCAACACUUUGAGAAAUGCUACCAAAGUCACGAGAAUGAAACUCAGCCCUCAGAAAAACUUAAAAUUAUAUGUGUGUGUGUGUGUGUGUGUGUGUGUGUGUGUGUGUAGCAAGCUAGAACAAAAGGUAGAAUCGGGUCAAGAAAAGACGAGGGAGCCAGCCAAGGCUCAGGGAAGGAGUUGGCCCUGGGGCCAGGCAUAGAGAAAUCACAAUGAUAAUGACAGUUGGGGAUUUCGUAAGAUUUCAUGAGGAAGGGCUGGGGAUUUAGCUCAGCAGCUUAAGAGCCUGCUUAGAAAGCAUGAGGUCGUGAGUUCAAUCCCUGAUAUAAAAAAAAAAAAUAAAAAAAAAAAAAAAGAUUUCAUGAAGGCUGUGCUAGAAAUUGAGAGGUUUUUGUCCCAAAUGGGACACUGUAGCCAGUGGAAAGCUGGGAGGUGGAACCAAGGGGCUCUAUCUUUAGGUCAUCUUCCCGCCCCUAGGCAAUUUACCUGUGCACCACUACUGCCCCUUAGGCACCACUCCAAACCUAAUCUACAUGUAUGCCCUCACUCCACGUGUCUGGCAGAGAGAAUGCCAGACCCCAGAGGGUCAUGCCGUCUCUCCCCACAUUCUUAAAAUAAAAGCCACUUUUAUUUCAUACUUCUUUUCAGCCGCACCAAAAUCCUAUCAGAUGGGUCCCUUCUGCGCCGAAAAUUCUAUCAGAUGGCUCCCUGACCAGGAAAGGCAGAUGAGAGACUGCUGAGACCUCCCAGCCUUUGAGUCCCCUGCUGUUCAGAAACCUUUAAAGGUCAACCUGACGAGGCCAAAGCUAAGAAUGCAGGAUGUGCCCAAAACUGUAGGCAUCUGCCGUAUUGGUGAAGACAGCUGUUGGUGUUGAAUCUGCACAAAUGGGUGGCCAUUAAAGGUUUCAGAGCUGAGGACUGACAAGACCAGGGCUGGUGCUCCGCAGUGACCCACUCAGGGAUUGGUGGCCCCCAGUAAUCACUCCGUGGUGUGACGUGCUCGGAGCUCGUCAGCCCUUCUUCUCCUCCUCCCUCUAAGAGCUCAUCAAAGACCAGCAGGAUUCCAACUUUAUUGGAAAUUCUUAGGCCCAUUUUCAGUAAAAGGCCAGAUAUAGUGGAAAAUAAAGGGACUUGGUGGCUCCAUCAGUGAUCUCCUGAAGUCACCAGGGAACAGAGGAGGAUGCAGAAGAGGCCUGGGUGCCCCUCUCUCACCGCACAGCCCUGGGUCUCCUUCUCAGUAACUGGCUGACUUUGUCCCAGAGGAGAGAGAAGAGUGGUUCACAGGACUGGAACCAAGGGUUGAUCCCAACCGUAUAUUGAUUCUCUGUGACGACAGUCACCCUUUGAACCCUCCAUGUGGCCUGUGAAAUGGGUAGGAAUUCCCACGAGUAUCACGAAAUACACAGACACUGUGUCAAGCAAGUUACUCACCAGAUCAGUGCUUUCUUAGAGAGGCAGAAUGGGGCUUUUUUACAUCAUUUUUGCAAACUUCCAGAUAAUUGUGCUAGUGCUUUUUUAAUCAACAGGGAAGAGCAGACACCUGGGUUCUAGUUCCCAUUACUGAAACAGUAAAUGCUUAAGAAUCAAGCCCAAGCGGCUGGUCCUGGAAGCUCUGCCAUCCCAGCCAUCAUCCUAGUAACUCACCUCCCAGGUCUCACAGCGGCCCCAGCAGGCAUCUGUGGUGAUCCGAAGGCCCUUGCAGCCCGGCUUCUUGGCCAGGAAGGUAAAUUCCCUCACGGCACAGCCCACAAAGGUACGCAGCUCAUCGCUGGAGGCACCAAGCACAGAGCCAUAGCCAUCCAGAAAGAGCAGGGCCAGGGCUCCCAGGAAGAGGCUCACCGGCUUCAUGACGUUCCUCCAGGGAGGGAAAGGAAACAGAGCUGAGAUCCCCCACUGCCCAGGCGACAGGGCCAAGAUUUGCUGCUGUCCAAGGGAACUUGCUCUUUUGCAUUUCUGCACAAGUGAGCCAGGAAAUGUAAAUACCCAUUAAACUCCAACACAGGUGCCCAGAGCCUUCCAUAACUGGCUCCAGUACAGAUUCCAUGGGUCUCUUCAGAUCUCCAGCCCUCCAAGUGAAUUCUUGGGAUUUUCCUUAUUGCAAAUCCAUAGCUGCAGUCAACUUACAUGUGAAAGAUGUUUAAAGGGAGAUGGACAUGAUCAAAAUAUACGCAUGUGUGAAAAUGCCACAUCGAAACCCAAUAUUUUGUAAAAUUAAUAGGCAUGAAUAAAAAUAUAUCAAGAAAGAAAGACAAAUUUAAAAGUUGAGCUCUUCUAUGACAAAAACAGAAAUGUAUCUUAAUCAUCUCUCCAAAAUUACCACAAAAUAUGAAUAACACCAAAAGUCAUGCAUAUCCUAAGAUAAUGCAUGAGUGCACAGAAAUUAUUUCUAUUGAGGGUCAGGGUAUUUGGGUGCCAUGCUUCACAGCUCACUCAAAAUUAUAGUUUCAAUGUUAUGGUUGAGAAAUGAAUGGGGGAAAUAGAUAAAUAUCAAUAAUGGCAUGGCCUACAUGCGUUGUUUCUAACCCAACCCACCAAAAAAACAUGGACACGUAGAUGUGGCCAUUCAUAGAAGAUGUGUCCUAUUUACUACAAAUUGUUUCUGCUCUACACUUCCUCUGUAAUAAGCUCCUAGUUGUGAUUAAAUUUAAAUUCAAAAUGAUAGGAAGCCUCAAAAGCAUUAAAGACAUAAUCCCAAGCUAUUGUCACUGGAUCUUUGUCAUUUCCUGAGAGUACCUGGAUGUCUAAGUGACAGUGGGCACUGCAUUUGUUGAAUGCCCCCAAGUCAUUACCAUUUAAGCCAUGCAGCAUUUCCAAGCUGAUCUCAUAGUUCCUGUCUCUGACCUGUCAUCCUAGUUCUUGGACUUUCCCACAGGAAAAAUGAAGUCACAAAGUGGAGAGGCACUUACCUGAUCUUGAUGGGCCCAACUCUUCUUUUGGAGCUGAGACUGAUACUCAAGGUUUAAGAAAGUCACAGUGAGUGGUAGAAGUCUGCUCUGGGUAAACGCCUCUACCCUCUAUUACUGGGCUGGUUGGAUGCCCAAAUAUAGAGGAAAGGUCUUGUCAAUCAAAGCAAAAGAAAGGCAGAUCCUUACAGGAAAUACUAAGCACAUCAAAGCUGCAGAAAAUAAAGCCAGUCUCUAUUUUCCAAAACUGAUAAACUGUAAGGGUAUUGUUUUGUUUCUUAACAUCACCUACUGAAACAGAAAGUUGCCUUGGUGGGUGACAUAAUCCCAGUGCAAUCAGCAGAGGUGGUACACCUGAGUUUGAGAGAAUUAAUGCACUGGGGCAAGAUGGAUUAAGUUUUCCUUGCUGGUAACCACUGUUUCCUUUAAAUAGGAGCAAGUCAUUGGCAGCUCAUGGCAAACUCUUUCCUUGAACUCACAGCAUGUUUCAACUCACUAAAAAACAACAAAACAAUAAUUCUUUGUUGGCAGGAAAAGGGAUCACUAACUGAAAGAUGACAAUUGUGGUAAGAGGAAAUGUGAGCCUCUUACAGGUAGUAAGUAGUAGGUAACACUAUCUUAAAUGAGUCGAGGGAAGUAAAGUGACUUUUCAUUUCAUCUGUAUAACGUUUCAGCAUUUUCUACUCUUUCUACAUUGGCCAGACUUUCUAUUAUAGAAAAUCAAAUGACAUUGAUUUUUUAAAUUAAAAUAAACAAAUAUUUAUCUGUUUGUUUUGCACAGAAAGACUUUCAAGGCUAUUCUAAUGGAAACAUUCAAUUUUUUUAUCUUAAAAGGUUAAAGUCAGAACAGAAUAGUCACUUUCCAUGAGAUGUGACUCAGUUUAUAUUCCAGUCUGCAACAACAGCAUGCAAAUGGAUUAAAAGCCUACUCGGUGAAGGCAAUCUUCUGGGUGCUCUAAAAAGUAAAUGAAGCAAACACAAUCUAUGCCCUCAGGAGUUUACACAUCACAGCAAAUCAUAACAUGGCCAGAGACAGUUAAGAUGCAUAUUAAAUAACUAACACAGCUAAAUAAAGAAGUUUAAACAUUUCAAAGAAAGGUACCCUUUAAGCAAAUAUACUACUCAUUGAAGGGUUGAGAUUUUGAAAUCUGUGAUGACGCUCAUCAAUGCACCAUCCUGUGUCUACAGUCACAUUAUUACCUGUGCCUUAUGAACAAUGGAACUGGGCUUGAAACAAAGGACUUCCUUUAGUCCGUCAGCCUAUGAGCAGCACAAUCAGGGCUGGCGUCUAUGGGACAGAUUGCUACCUGCCACGAUUUGCUAAACUUGCUGGGCCAUUACUAGGCCAAAAGCUAAGAGCUGUGUUUCUGAAAAGAGCCACCGAGGUCUUUUAGAUCUGGCAUAUGCAGAAUCACAAAACAAUGACCAAACAAAGAGAGGCUCACAGCAUCCUUCUUGCCUGAGCUCUGAGGACCCUGUGAUGCCAGGCUCCAGCAUCACUGGCUUCCUCUCCUCAAUGCUCACCAUUUCAGGAAUGACCAUUUUCGGCCAUCAGACAUCUGCUCUGUAUUGGGCAGUGGGAAUCCGCUCUGCUCUUCAUGCAUCAUCUCCCCAACAAUUCUGGAAAUCAGUUACUGUUUAUCCUUUUUACACUGGAACAAAUGGAGGCCCUUCGUCACUUUGUAACCUGCCUAUUUCUAAAGUCUUGGUCACAUGGGAUGGCAGGUGGGUUUGCUCAUCAUGUAACAGCCCGGGUGAACACAGUAUGCUCCUCCUGCAUCAGCCAUGCUGGUUCUCAGUGGCACAACCUCCUACCUCUUGGAAAGUAGCAUCUCUCAGCCUCAGUUUCCUCAUUUGUAACAUGGUAGCAUUAAACUGCAGGACUUAUGAGCUCUCUCCCCAGUUCCAAAAUCUAAAGAUUUGCAAACUCUAUUAUAAAGAGAACAGCUGAGGGAAACUUAGAUGGAGAAUCCAAGGAAGUCAUUGUCAUUACCAUAAGGUUUUGUAAAGAUUUUGUUCAGAUCUAGACUCAGACAGUUGUUAAUUUGCGAUGAAGGAUGAGUCUUGGGACCACUCAGCCACAAGGCAAGGGGCUUCAUUUCUCAAGGGAACACAGCUUGAUGGUCUCGGAAACUUCAUCUUCCCACGCAUUGAAAAUGCCUCCUUCCCAGAGGUCAACUAAAGAUUUUGUAAUACAAUGUCUGUCAGUUGAUCAUCACAGAGCUCGGUAAGUGGUGCCCGGAGAUUCUGUACUGCUGUCCUUUCUUUCCCAGGAGGCUCAUCACCAUUAUAUGCGCCACUGAGAAAUACAAAGCUGCCAGUAAAAAAUUGUGUCACAGUGGCAGUUAUUAGGCAUAUUCAACUGCAAAGGUAUUAGAAGCUGGAUAAAAAGAUCUGAGUCUGAGAAUAGAGGGAGCAAAGCCUUUGGGGACUGUGGGACCUUAACAGCAUUCUGAAGCAAUGCCACCACCAGGUGCAAUCUACCAGCCCCUGUGGGGCUGCGGUUUGACACUACAGCCAACAAGUUUUUUAGAGGGAGAAAAAGCAAAUGGAAAUAAUUUCUAAGGCCCAAAGCUCAUGCUUUUGGGGAUCCAAAUUUACCAGCGUUGCAAAAUUCCAUCUAUUAAUAAAUCUUCAUGAAUAUUCCCAAACAAUUUCAGUUGUGAUGCAAAGCAGAGUCCAACCAGUGCUUACUGAGGGCCGCCCUGCUCCUCAGGUAUACAGGAGAGCCAGGAGCAGCUUAACUGUUUGCUGCUUCCCGGAACAUGUCCUCAGAGUUUAGAAAAUGUGUGUGCAUGCUGCCACAUGGCUUUCCCUCUGGUCCCUCAGAAUGCACAAUACUCUGCCCAAGAGUCAAAUUAAUUACCAUGAUGCCUCCUGUGGGUGAAUUGAAAAGCCACAAAUAAAACUACAUGUUUCAUGGAACUAAUAGCAUUAAUGAUUUUCUGCAAAGAAGUACAAGAAAGGGCAGCUUUGGAUCUUACAAAGUUGUAUAUUGCUUUUAAUAUCUCUUAUUUACAGAGGGGAAGAGUUCUGAGCUUACAAAUAAAGAUGAAUGGUCAAGUCUUAGCAGAAAUUCAUUUAUUGGAAAAUCAUUUUUUCCCCUGAAAGUGCUCGGGGUUUGUGGGACAGCUCCUUGUGUUCUGACUUAAAGAGAUAACAUUUGCCCUGAAUGAUGGUGUGUUGCUAUGGCAACUUUUUUAACAAGACUAAAAAUAAUGAAGUCUGUGUCUGAUUUACUAGGACACGUCAAGCCUUUCUUCACAACCUUCUGAAAGAAGUAUCUGUAGCUUGUCACAGAUUUAUUUCAAAUUAAGGAGCGCGUGGAUUAGGCACUGAAGUGAAAUGUUUUUAUUUCCACCUGACUCUUCUGCUUUUGAAUGCCAUAGCUUUGCAGGGCACUGCAGAUACAUGCCCAAUCGAGAGAAACAGAGAAGUGCUUAACAAGUCACAAAGAAGCAUUCUUUACUUAAGUACAUCCUGCAUCUGCUCACUGGAAUGAGUCCACGGAGCCACUGGGUCCCCAAGCCACUCAUCUGUAAUUCCCAAACCGUUACACAGACAAGCUCAGGGUUGUUGUUGGCCAAGCUUUGGAUCAACUCCUCUUCGUAUGUUGACUACUGACGUGGAUCCACUAAAAAUCCCUGGAAUCAGAGCCCCAGCACUUGCACACCUGGGUGUGUUCCCCUGCCUGAGUGUUGUGGAUGUGGUAGGUGGACAGGACAGCCACUCUGCUUUCCAGAGCCCUCAUUACAUCACUUUACAAACAUGUAAAGCAACCACUGUGUGCCACGCACUAUCUGGGGCCACCAUCAAUGGGUUCAUUCCAAAAAAGGAAAAGAUAAUGAAGUUGGAAUGCUUAGGGGUGAAGUAACAAACACUAGACAGUGGUGGUAGGUUUUUAUUUUUCUCUCUUUUACUCCUUCCUUCUUCCUGUCCAUCCAUAUUUUAUUCAUCAUUUCCUAACACUGAGUGUUAUCAUGCCAGACACAACAGCUGACCUCAAAGAAUCAAUAUUCCAGUGAAAAUGACAAUAAGCCAACAUGAAAAUGACUAAGAAAGUGCAUUCUUGGCCACUUCUCCCAAAGAAAUAGAAAUGUCCACCUAAAACCCUAUAUUUGUUCAAAGCAGUUUUCAACUACAAAUAUCUCAGGUGUCCCUCAGCAGGUGAGUGUUAAAGCAGACCCUGGUGCACACGUGAGCGGGAUACUGUUCAGCAACAAAAAGGAGCAAAUACACAACUUAGAUGAAUCAUUCAGAGCUUAGAAAGCCGCUCUGGAGUGUUUACACACUGUAUGACUUCAUUUAUAGAAGUUACAGAAAUGAAGAACAAGCCAGGCAUAAAGGCACAGACCUGGAAUCCCAGUACUCAAGAGGCUGAGACAGGAGAAUCACUGCGAGUUCAAGGUCAGCCUGAGCUGCAUAGUGAGACUGUCUCAAAAAAGCAAAAGAAGGAGAAGGAAGAAAAGAAUAAGAAGGGAGGGUGAACAGCUGUGGCCAGGCAUUAAGAAAGGCUGCACUCAGAGGGAAGUGGUGUCAUUACCAAAGGACAACAUGGGCUGGAAUGCUGUCCUGAAUAUGGUGGUGGAUACAGGAAAGAAACAUAAAAUUGCAUAACUAACACGUGCGCACACGCACACACACACACACACACACACACACGAAUACAGCUCAAAUUGGAAAUCUGGGGAGGUUCAAAAGUUGAACCAACAUCCAGUCCCUAGAUGCUUUGUUCUGUAUGUAUCAUGGAGGCGAACUGGAUAAAAGGCAUAUGCACUUCCUCUGUCUCACUUCUUACAGCUGCAUGACAAUCUAUUAUUAUUUCAAAAUAAUUGGUAUGAUUUGUAAAACUCGACACCAUCUCAAGUGUAAUACAGACUACGAUAAAGUAAAGCGGGGCACUGUGGGAGCUUGGAGUGUGGGUUGGGGAGCCAUGUGGUCAGGGGCGACUUCCUAGAAGGUGGGUUGGUCCAAGCUGAGGGGACUGUGUGUAGAUCAGGGUCUUUGUCUCGUUCAUGGCUAAUCUCCCACUUACUCCCACUUACUAGCACACUGCCAUGGUAGAGGGUGGGUUUCUGGUUCAUCAUGAUUCAGCAAGAGUCUGGCCUGAGGACAGAGGUAAAGGUGACCUGCAGGGUAGGUACCAGGGCACAGUGAGGGGAGAGGUAGGAGCACUCCAGAGCGGUCACUUUGCCACAGCCUCAGAUUCUGGAAACCCUCAGGAGGUUCCAGACAUCCACGGAUACAGGAUUCAAGUCUCACAGGCAGUGUUAAAUCUUCCAAUAGUUACAUGCAAACGGUAAAAUGAAGCAAGUGAAAUUAACGCCAAUAAUUAAUCCCAGCGUGGUAAUAUCAGAAAGAAAAUAAACUUUAUUUAACUUAGCAUUAUCCCAAGUAUUUACAUUUCAAAUGUAAUAAAUAUUUACAACAUUGAUAAAAUAUUUUGCCCUUGUUUUUUUCAGGACUGAGAAUGGAACUCGGGGUCUUUACACUGAGUUACAUUCCCUGCACUGUGUUUUCAUUUUUCAGCUUUGGACAGGAUCUCACUGAGUUACUCAGUCACCCGGACCGGGCUCACUCUUGCUGCUCACCAUCUCAGCCUUAUACUCUUUCGCUGUCCUUUUCAAAAUGGUAACUCUUUGGCAUCCAGCCUGCAUUAGCAGCAAGCAUCCUUGACAGCCCACUUCAUUCAAACUAGCAGUGGCUCAAGUGCUCGGGGUCUCCAUGUGGUAGCUCCUGAAGUGGACAUGCUGGGCUUCCCGGUGUCAAGGAGAGGGAGGGGUGCUCGGUGUUCCUCCUGGACUCGUCUCACUUAACAGCGUAUCUUGUCUUGUCCAACAACAAUAACCCUAUGAAUCUUGCCCUUUAUGGUGAGAAAACUAAGACACAAUGAUGCUAAGAUAAUGAACCAUGGCCUUCCAGCCAAUCAGUGAUGGAACUGGAAUUCCAGCUCAGCUCUGGCUGAUUUGUUUUGACUGCAUAGGACUCUGCUGGAGCAGUCUAGAGAGAAAGCCCAGACACAGUGGGUACACCAUUUUCUCAGGCAUGUGGAAAUAUAUCCAUGUCCUCAACAACUGAGCUCAGGCUGCCGGUGCAUAUGAUAUUUCAAAGCAUGAAGCAUCAAGGAGUCCAUGAAAGAGAUUUUUUUUUAGAAGGUAUCAAAAUAUUUAUUUAUCCAGCACCAUGGUCUCAGAUCUGCAGAGCCUGGUUCUGGAUGUGAGGGUCCCAGCAUCUAGAAAUGGAAAACACAGCUGCUCACCCACACAUGGCUGAAGGGGACAGACACGUCAAGUUAAAUCAAAGAGGAAUUCUUCCCAAGUAUCGAUGGUCUUGAUAUUCCGUGAAUGAUGAAGCCAGAAUAAUAAUCAGGCCCACCAAAGGGAAGUUAUAGCAUCAACAGGAUGGAGGAAUUUCAUCAUAAAGGAUAAAACUGAAAAAAAAAAUCACCGAUGUAGGUUGGACCAGUGAAGGUUGGAGAAGAAGAAAAACACAGUCGAGGAUCCUGAAGCUUGGGCAGUGGUGAACAUACGGAGCAGCAGCAUUUUUUAAAAAUCUGAGGCCCAUUUCUGCCUGCAGCCACGACUUCCGGGGUCUAGAACAGGGUCUCCCGGAGCCAGUGCUCCUCCCUCCUUGGGACUGCUGGACAAAGAUGAGAAAUGGAGCUCAAAACCUAGUGCAAGGGAGAUAAGAGCCUCAAACCCAGGACAAGCCCUGAGCAGAAUGGAGCCAGCGAGGCCCAGAACACCGGGCUGAAAGGCCCACAGAGCAAGCACAUAAACACCCAGCACUGUUCACGGCUGUCCUCACCGCCUGCUUCUCCUGCUUCUGUGUCAUGCAAACACCGCAUCUCAUUUGGCCCAAUGUCCUUCCUCUCUCUCCCCAGGACUUCCCACCCACUGCAGCUUGUGCUUCUCAUCUCUGUAAAGGACAUCACUGAGAGUCACGCUACACACAUCUAACCCUGAUCAUACCUGCUGAAUGGGACCCUUCCCAGCCCCCACCCCGGCACUGUCCCUGGUCCUCUUCACGCCCCCGUCAUGCUCUCUCUUGCCUUGACAACUGGCCUUUCCUCUCCUCAGCGCCUGCCUCUGCUCCACCUCCACUCAUCCUCUGAGACCCAGCAGCUUAUUUGCUCUGGUGCCAGCCAGACCAGCACUGCUAUGCUGAUCCUCGUGCACGUCCUCACAUCCCCAGUGCCCACUGGUAGCAAGCAACGAAUACUUGAGGAAAUCAGUAAAUGACUAAAUGACUGUGGAGAACAAAAUACCACUUAUUCCCAUUUUCUCCCCACUUAAAACUUUGUCCAGCCCCAUGAAAGUCUGGCCAAUAUUUCUAGAAGAGUGAGUGGUCCAUCCAACAAGAUUUGCUCUCUCAUUUCUAAAUGAGAACUCAGGGCGGUACAAGCAGCACAGUGAAAUGACAGGAGCAAUGUGAGGCCACAGGCAAGAAUGAGAAUUUACAGGGCCAGGAUCCCGAAGCACUGGCCCAGCCAGCUGGCGCAGGCCCGCUCCCUGCUCUCCUUCCCAUCCCAGGCCCCGGGCCCGGCCACUCUGCCCUCGCCAGUUCCAAGCUGCCGCUGGGUGGUCUGUGAGUGUGCAUGGCCCUUCCCUCACGCUCCUUGGCACCUUGCUCCGUUGGCCUGGGAUGCACGACUAACUUCCGUUACUUGGGGAGGAAAGAAGCAAGCACUCUCCCUCUUUGCAGCAUGAACUAGCUCAUCAAGGCAGUGUGGAGAGGAGGGAAAUGAGACCGACCAACAGCCUGCUAUCUGCCUCCGUCACUUCUAAACUUUUUUUUUUUUUUUUUUGUCUUUUUCCUUUUUAUCGGUACCGGGGAUCAAACUCACGACUGCCUGCUUGCAAGGCAGGUGCUUACGCCGCUGAGCUAAAUCCCCAGCCCCAAGCCUCCGUCACUUCUGCUAUUCUAUAGCUGUGUUCGGAAGAAAAGACUUUGGGUUUCUCUGAUGGUCUGAUGGGAAACAACAUAGUUGUAAUAAUCCUCUUCCCUCAGGGGUAAAAAUAAAGAAGGCUUCAUAAUGAAA